UAAGUUAUCCAUCCCGCCUAAGUCUACAAUUUCCAACACGGACACUUACCUAGAAAAAUCACGCACUUCUUCUUAUCUAUUAUUUUCCCUUUCACUUUGACUGAAAUCUGAGAUCUCCCCUUUCUUGUCAUGGAGAUGGAGAAUAAUAAAGGGGAUGAUAAUUCACAGUUAUUACCUAGGGCAUCAACUGUACCUCCAAUUACAUAUACUAAUAAUAAUUAUCAAAGGAGGAGGAAACCAUUAAGCAAGACUAAGUCCACACCUCCACGGCUAUAUCGACAAGGAUCUUUUAGCCGUGAUAUUGGGCACGCUGCUGCUGAGACUUAUUUGAUUACUUGGCUUAGUUUCAAGCUUCUUAGCUAUCUUGGGUUAGGUUAUCGAUGGAUUACAAGAUUUAUGGGUCUUGCCUUAUAUGCAAUGCUACUUAUGCCUGGUUUUCUCCAAGUUGCAUAUUAUUAUUUCUUUUCACCGCUGGUCCGGCGAAGUGUUGUCUAUGGCGAUCAGCCGAGGAAUAGGUUAGACUUAUAUCUACCGGAAAAGAUAGACAGCCCAAAGCCAGUUGUGGCAUUUGUAACAGGUGGAGCAUGGAUUAUUGGGUACAAGGCAUGGGGUUCUCUUUUAGGAAAGCAAUUAUCAGAACAUGACAUCAUAGUAGCAUGCAUUGACUACAGAAACUUUCCACAGGGAACAAUAGGCGAUAUGGUGGAAGAUGUUUCACAGGGAAUCUCAUUUGUUUGCAACACCAUUGCUGAUUAUGGCGGUGACCCAAACAGGAUUUAUCUCAUGGGUCAAUCUGCUGGUGCACAUAUCGCUUCCUGUGCUCUUAUGAAGCAGGCAAUCAAAGAAUCUAGAGGAGAAAGUGUUUCUUGGAGCAGCUCCCAGAUAAAAGCUUAUUUUGGUUUAUCAGGCGGGUAUAACUUACCCAACUUAGUUGAUCAUUUCAAUAAUAGAGGGUUAUAUCGCUCAAUUUUCUUGAGUAUAAUGGAAGGGGAAGAAUCGUUGCCAAAUUUCUCUCCUGAAAUUAUGGUACAGGAUCAGACCUCUAAAGCUGCUGUGCAGCUGCUGCCUCACAUUAUCCUAUUUCAUGGUGCUUCAGAUAGCUCCAUUCCACCGGAUUCAAGUAAAACAUUUGUAGAUACACUUCACGGAGUGGGAGCUCAAGCUGAACUGAUUUUAUAUGAAGGAAAAACUCACACAGAUUUAUUCCUUCAAGAUCCUCUAAGAGGUGGUAAAGAUGACCUAUUUGACCACAUAGUAGCAUAUAUACAUGCUAACGACAAAGAAGCUCUGGCUAAGGAUGCUAUGGCACCUCCAAGAAAGCGGCUUGUUCCAGAAAUCUUGUUGAAGUUAGCUCGCAGGGUCAGCCCUUUUUAACUGCAGCUUUUAGUGGUUGAAAAGAAGCUUACUAAGAUUGCUGCAUACUCUUUUAUCCUCCGAAUUCAUUCUAGGCCCUACCUGUUGCUUGCAAAGACGCUCUUGCUAGGGUGGUAGGAUAUUCUACCGAUUUGAUCACGUUUUCGCUGUCAGAUCUUUAUAUUUCAGCUUUGAUGAAAAGAUUUUAGAAGGGGUGAUACCACAGAACCAAUCUUCAGACGUAGUUGUACCCUGGAAGCUGUUGAUAUCCAUGCAUCUUGUGUUUAUAAGUUCUUACUGUGGUACUGUAUCCAUUCAAGAUUUGGUGUACUGUUUCCCGUUUAUCCAUUGUAUAUGACCAUUAGGUAAACAAUUAAUCAGUUACACUCAAUUCCAAACUAGUUGUGGUCCAUUAUAUGGGUCAUUUGUAAUAUAUCCAGGAUUCAUUAUAAUUUGGCAAUGUUUGGACCGGCUAUUGAACAGUGCAAUUCUUCUA